AUGGGUGAGGCAGCUCCAUCCUCAGGAUUGAGCGUCCAAAAGGCAGCUUCAUCUACAGGAUUAAGCCAAACACAUCCGCCCAAGAAAGAUGGCUGGCCAGAGGUUCCUGCUUUCGCAGAACCAUCACCAUUUCUGAGAUCUGCAGCCUUGGCAAUCGGCGCCGAAAAGAGAAGGUGCCUGCGAGAGGGCUACGUAUCUGAAGGUCCCAGCGAGUCGUCUGUCAACAUCGAAGAUACCGAGGACGAAAACUUGCAGUCGGCCUUGCCGGGGCUCGAGCGGUUCUAUGAGACCAUGGCUGCAAAGGCGCAGAUCAAGCCAGGCGCGGGUUCCUCGUCCAGCUGGGUCCUCUCCAUGGCUCGGAGCUACCGCCGCUUGUCCAAGGAGAAGCGGAGGCGUGGUCGCUUGAAGGAGCUUCUGCAGCCUGCGGUCAACGCAGGUGUCCUGCGUAGCGCCUCUGGUGGAAGCCUGGUCUGCCCAGGUGAGCACUUGGGCUGGUCUUCGAACACAGACGACAGCGGCUACGAGGCUGGCUACGAAACAGAUGCCGACGAGUCAGAGCUGAGUGAAUGGGAGGGCAGUGUUCGGCAAGGGCACAAGCGCAAGCUGGAAGCACUGGUGAACUUGACGAAGCAGAUGACUUUUGCUACAGAGCUACCAGGGGGGCAGGCGCAUGAGGAGCCAUUGCCAUUCGGUGAGUCCGCACGGCAACCGCCUCCAAAGACUUUGCGAGCAUUGGGCACCAGACCAGUGGGGCUGCGGCUGUCGCUCCCAAACGGGUCUGGCUCAGACACCCUGCAGGCCAGGUCUUGCCAGGCACCGCCAGAAGCGAAGAGCGUGCCUCUGGACGGCCCACCUGGUCCGAGCCUGCCAGCACUGCCGGCGCCAGUGCAAGCGACGGCGGGCCUCACUGUCGCGGUUGCGGGCGUUGCAGGGCUCGCCGCACCCAGGGAUCCGACUGUGGUGUGGCAAGAGCGACCCCCCAUCUCUCUCUCCAACAACAUGAGCUAUGUCUACGUGGAUGGUGAGCGCAAGCCGCUCAAUACGCUUGGCAUCCAGUGGAAGGCGCUGCCCGAAGGGGACAACGCGGCCAUGGAGGCGGGCCGACUGUUGCCCUUCUUCCAGUCUCAGCUUGGGCGUCAAUCUGCGAUGCCACACGAGGCGGAAGUCUGCAUUGCUGGAGGAGCAGAGCCAAGAGUUAAGAAGGGCAACGACCUCAGCAGGAAAGACCGCCAGCCAGAGACCACUAUGCAGCAAGAACGCAAUGUGGCUACUUUCUCGUCGGAUGGCGACGAGAACUGGAUCCAGAUGGUUUGUUCGAUGGACGUCGAGUUGAAGGAGUUGAGUGCUCGAAACAUCGUGGGUCCGAGCGCAGAAAGCCUUACAUUGGAGGAUUUGUCCAAGAAGGACGGCGAUCUUGUUCGGCGAGUUCGGGAGUGGAUCAAAGAGAAGUUCGGGUCUCCAGCGGCAGACGUCUGGAAUGUCAUCGAUGCAAAGCAGACAGGCAGUCUGGACCGUGCAGGUUGGACGUCAUCUUGCUUGGCAGCGGGCUUCGACGGGACCGCCUGGUACCCAUCAGAGCUGACUGCAUCGCAGGUAGAAGAGCUACACUAUCUGUUCCAGUUCGUCGACAUCGACGAGGGCGGCAGCAUCAACAAAGAAGAACCUCAGCUCAUUCCUCCGGUACGUUCCAUGGUGGAAGGCCGAAUCCCAACACACCAAGAAGAUGCUAUGCAGCCACAGAUGGAGGCGAGGGACAAAGCUAUCUUCGAGGAGAAGAUGAAGCUGUGGGCAUCUGUCUACUGGUCAGAGCUGCUUCUCGCUUUGUCUUUUGUGAUCGGCAAGAUGCAUGGCUUGGCUUGGACGGCACCGAGGCCCAGCGGGCCCAACACCUACAACUGGAGCACUUCCACGAGCAGAUUUCUGAGGAUGAGAAUGGUGCUGGAGACAAACAUCUAUUCCAAGGGACCAGCCUUCAGCCAUCACUUUGUGCUGCGGUGGAUGGAAAAGCAAGUCGGUGCGUUGCUGCCUUUUCUGGUUGCAGCGGCUACUGCUUUGUCAGUGGCACCGGAGCCUGAGUUCUUUGCGGCGAUCUGGCAGCCAACGUGGUGCCGGGACGCGGUCUUGGCAACUCUGCGUCGGGCGCUCGGCCUUGCUGGACUGAUGACCUCCACCGAACAUGAGGGCCAUGGCGCUUGGAGCAGGGUGCCAACAUGGGAUGGCUCGCCAGCUACCUGGCGGACGUUCAAGCGAGAGAUGCAGUGGUGGACCUCUUCCUUAGACCUGGAGGCCACCAAGAAGUACAAUCUGGCGGCGAGGUGGCUGAUGAGACAAAGUGGAGUGGUGAGACAGCGAGGGGAGGAAUUUUCUCCCGAAGACCUGGUUUACAAGCCAGCUGAAAGCUAUGUCGAUCCGGAUACAGGUGAAACUCUGGUCGGGGAGCCCGAGGACCUGCUGUUCGGCCUGAAUAAGCUGUUGGAUGCCUUGGAAAAGAUGAGCGGCCAGACUCCGCUCGACCGUCGAGGUGAACUUCGAACCGUCUUUUACACCAACCUCUCGAGGCGGGCUGGGGAGCGCGUCGCAGACUUUGCGUCGCGUUUCAGGACGACGGCCGCCGACUUGAAGGCGGAGGGCGUGAGGCUUCCGGACAGUGAAUUAGGAUGGUUUUUGAAGGAGAAGCUUGGUCUGGAUGCUUUGCGCAAACAAAUGUUAGAAACUGCCUUGGCCGGCCGAGAGGCUUAUGGCGAUGUGGAAUCCGAGAGCUUGCGCCUUUUUCGUGAUUUGCACCUUCAGGAUCCGCUCUUCAAGCGCUUGGGUUCUGAGGCAAAGGGCGGAGGCAAGCUGACGAUACGCCGUAUGUUCGGCGUGGGGCGGCCACCUUCUUCGUCGGCUACCUCUACCUCCGGAGCGCGCACCUCGGAGGGAUCGCGGCGGUCUUCGUGGAGCUCCUUGCCGGCGUCUUCGUUCUCCAGGUGGACUUCGGUGGGCAGCGCAAGGCAGGUGCAGGUUGCCGAGGCGGACGAAACCGAGGACCAGGAGACAGAGCACGAGGCGGAGACGGCGGCCGAGGAGCCCGAGGGCGAGCGGUCGUUUGAGGAGGUACUUCAAGCCGAAGUUGAACAGCUCGCCGAGGGGAUUGCCGAAGCGGAGGAGGCCGGUGUGGAUGCCGAGACGCUUGAGGCCUUGGAGUGCGGGAUAGAAGCUAGUGCAGAAGCCCUGAUUUCCAUGCGGGAGGCCAGGUCCAAGCUGGCGGAAGUGAGAAAGGACCGCGGAUAUCGUGGCCCGACCUCUGCGACCUCUACCUCUUCGGCUGGACCACACAAGCCCAAGGCCGGGUCUUCUUCGAUAGCGGCGAGAAAGGCAAGUUCGAAACACCCAUGCUACGAUUGCCUGGGGAUUGGUCACUGGGCAGGUGACCCCGAAUGCCCAAAGCCCGGAGCUGGACUUGGGCGAAAGCAGCCGGGGAAAACCAAACAGGUUCGGAUUGCAGAGAGAGUUUCAGAAAGCAGCCCGGGACAUGAAGCAGCCCAGACCGAGAACUACGAGGCGAACCCACCACAUGAUGUGAUGAUGAUUUCCCAUGCUGGCCUGGACUUGGAGCAAGCGCUUCGGGCCCUGGACAAUGCUCGCGAGGCACUGGCUAUGGGGAUUGGCUAUGCAGUCGACAAGGCUUUGGUGGGCCUUCGCCCGGACUGGGUGAAAGCUAUGAUGAAAACCGAGCCGGAGACCGAGAACUUUCGGUUCGGGAACGGCGGCACUCUUCCGAGCCGCCUUCGACACAAGGCAGUGCUGGAUUUCUCCCGGCGCACUUUGAAAUGUGAAGUCUUUGGGGACAAUGUCCCGGUGACGCCUUUGGAGAAGCUCACGGCCGGCUUGCUUAUCAAUUCCGUCAUCGUGGCUGCGACGGCUCCUUUCAGUCUUUUUCAACGGCCGCAGUUCGGGAACGCAGUGCCACCGACCGGCCCGACAACAAUCAAUCCGAUCGACCCGUACACCAGGGGCGUGUUCCUGUGGAGGCGCUUCGCCCUUCGACUUAUCGGCCGCCGCGAAUGGCACUACGAAGGACUUCGUCUAUGGCUAGUAAAGCGGCCCUCUUUGCGCUGGUUGCCUGUGCCGUAUCCUGCUGUGUCCACGGUGGUGCAAUGGCAGAACCAGUGCGAGGCGAUGAUGAAUGGUGGCAUUCUGCCACGUCGGUGGGGCGAUCGCAUGUUCUUCGCUCCGGCCAGCCUGGUGUCUCUUACAUGGUUCAGGAGCCGUGCCGGCCUGGAGUUUUGUUUUCUCGAGGACCCGAUGGUGAGCGGGAUGCUGGCUGCACGUUUCCAGAAGGGGCGCUUCACUGCCAUGAAGAACCAGGCUGCCCGAGCAGAGGCCGCCGAAGUGGCGCGGAACCAAGAUCGACUGAAGGCGGCCAGGCAGCUCAUCUGCCCACGCGGCGGGUUGCCGGUGCUCAAGGCGGACCUCAUCAAGCUCGCGACCUUGCUGCACAUCGAGGUCUCCGACCAGGACAAGGUGGCAGACAUCCGGAGCAAGAUCAAGCCCUUUAUCGUCGAUCUGUGUGCAAGUGUCCCGCUGGACAAGACAGAGCAGAUUCCCUCAGGAACCCAUCAGACUUCAUUGACCACUUCCUCGGGGGCCUUUGUUCAGAACAGAAACAACUUUGGGAACGAUACGGAGCAGACCUCGGGGCCAAUGUCCUCAGGACCUUCUUCGAGUCAGGUGCCAGGGAGUGUAACACAGUCACAGCCCACGUGGGAAGCCAACGCCAUGGACAUGAUCAAUCGCCAGAUGGCUGCAAUGGACGAGCGCUACCAGGCCAUGUUCAACCAGCUGCUGACGCACGUGAUGCAGGCGCAGAGCGUGCAACCUCAGGCCUUCGACAUCUCCGCCGGAGACACACACAUGGAGGAGCUCAGCGAGGAGUUCCAGAUGGUGGGGCCCCAACCAGGUCAAGCGACUUUGGCUUGGGAGCGUCACCGACGUGAUCAGCUGGCGUUGUCGAUGGCUCCGUCUCGAGUCAAGGAGGUGAUGCUCAGUGAGUGGAAUCUGCGUAUGCGCAAGGGCAUGAAUGAAACUUUUGUGUUGGACGUUCCGUUGCUGACUGAGGUUUUUACAGACACAGAAAAUGUGAAGCGACAGGCGGAACUUCGUGGGCACGUGACGGGGCCGUCCAUGACUCUGUGGAGCGGCUUCGAUUUUCGGCGCCGCCAUGACCGUGACCGUGCCAUGGCUUUGGUUCGGGAGAAAAAGCCGUACUUCGUGAUGAUCGCUUUUCCUUGCGGACCCUGGAGCCCUUUACAGCGACUUCGUGCCUGUCCCGACCUUCUACGGGCCAAACGAGCCGAGGGCCGGGUCCUCAUCAGAUUCGCUGUGGCUCUGGCUGAAGAACAAGCCAGGGGGGGGAGACACUUCAUCAUCGAGAACCCGGACCUCUCUGCAGCAUGGCGGCAGCUACGUUUGCAAAAGCUGCUGCACCAGUUUCUUUCGGUUCGGCUUGAUCAGUGUUGCUUUGGUCUUCGGGGCCCGGGUGGAGGACUGCACAAGAAGCCCACGCGGCUUUUGACGUCGUCGCAGGCCGUCGUGAGCCGCUUCCAAGGCGCCAGGUGCAAUGGACAGCAUCAGCAUGAACAUGUGAUUGGAGGUGGCAAGAUAACUGAGGUGGGGCACUACACGAAGUCCUUCGCGAAGGCCGUGGUGGAGGCCAUGGAGAACCAGUUUGAUUAUGAGACGCGGUGCGGCAGCGAGAGCCAAAAGGUGAGUGAGUGCUAUGUGGUUCGUGCUGAUGGUUCGGUGGAGUUGGAGCACGAGGUGUUCGCCGCGGACAAUGCGGAUCAGCCGGACGACUUCGAGUUUGAGCCCGCCUCCGAGGAUGACGAGAUCGUGGCCCAGGACGUGAAGGUGGAGAUCUCACCGGCAGUGAGGGCGGCAGUUCGGAGGAUUCAUGAGGCGACGGGGCAUCGUUCAAAUCGCAGAUUGGCCCGAGCACUGGUUGUGUCAGGGGCACCGCUUGAGGCCGUGAUGGCAGCCAAGACCCUGAAGUGUGCUGUUUGUGAAGAGCGAAAGGCACCCAAGGCCCGACGACCAGCGUCGCUACCCCCACCUCGCCAAGUCGGUGAGCAAGUUCACUUGGAUUUGGUUGUGGUCGAGGAUGCUUUGGGUCAACCUUUUGUCGUCGCUCAUGCUACCGAUGCUGUGUCGAAGUACCAGUUGGCCGAGCUGCUCCCGGACAAGACCUCGGAGUCCGUGAUCAAGUUCCUGAAUCGGCUGUGGUGGCCCAUACUGGGCGCUCCUCGUGUGAUUGUGGCAGAUCAAGGCCGAGAGUUUAUUAGCCAGACCUUCAGUGACUUCUGUGAGUCUCGAAGCACAUUGUUGUGGCACUGUGCCGUCCAAGCUCCGUGGAUGAAUGGCACGGCGGAGCGCUCCGGUGGCAUUUUGAAGACGCUUGUUUCUCACAUGGUGGCCGAGAAGAGCAUCACUGGAGCUGAGGAGAUGGCGGCUGUGGUUGCAGAAGCUUGUUCGGCUUACAAUUGUGACUGCACGGCUGAAGGCGUGAGCCCACUCCAGGCUGUGACAGGUCGGCAACCGGCCGCUGAAGGGAGCGUUCUUCACAAUUUCCACGGGCGCUUGUCUGAGCAUGGACUGAUAGACACUUCGCCGACCCUUACGUGGAGGAUGGCUCUCAGAGAAUCUGCUCGGGUCGGAAUGGUGAGGCUCCACUACAGCCAGACGAUCCGUAAGGCUGAGCUGGCGCGGUCAAGGGCAGCAGAAAGUAAACCCGAAGAAGGGCGACCCAAGGACUUCAACGUCUUCUUCGCGGUUCUGGUGGAGUUCCGGGAAGCGCUUUUCUUUCUUACCGCGGCCAGCUUACCAAGUGCUCGGUUGAGCACAUCCGGAAAGCUUCCAGCUUGGAACAGCUGGCGGCUGGGACCUGGGAGGAUGCCAUCAAGGAGAUCAUUGACACCUCCGUCCGUUGAUCAGCAAGGCCUCGAGGACAGCUCGGCGCGAGACCGCCCCGCUGGAGUGCCCGACGACGAGAUGGAGGUGAUCCCUGAAGAGGAGCUACUUCUUCGAGGAAUGCCACUGGUGGUUGGUGGUCAACCGGGCGAGGAAGCAAGACAAGAGCAGAUUCCUUCGCCUGGAACCCCUCAGACUUCAUCGACCACUUCCUCUUUGACGGCCGCACCGGGGACUCCCGUAGGUCAGCUGUUUGAUCGCCCGGUGAUUCAGCAGGCGUUGACGAGGGCCCGACAGGCCCCACUUCUCGAGAACAUUCAGCAAGCAGCUCUUCGCCGAGGCCAACCUUCGGACUUUCAGGAAGAGCUAAGGCAAGCCAUGGUUCGUGGAAGGAAGCGGUCAGCUUCGGACUUGGAAGCGGCGAGAGAGAUGCAGCCUGCUGCUGGCGCGGAGGCCAGUGGGAUUUCCGAUGGGCCGGUGCCUUCAGCUGCGGAGGCUUCGGGCUCAGCGAGCUCUACUGCAGGACCACCGCUGACGGCGGAUGUGGCGCAAACCUCUACGUCGCAGACCAACCUCCGGAUCCCCUUCGAGGCCCUGACCAUGACCCGUGAGGAGCUUGAGAAUGUGGCCGUUGGAGAGGAUGUUCAUAUCCUGAUGAAGGUGCAGGCGAUGGUUGAAAUGGACAGACAGCACCCCUCUACGCUGUUUGACCGUGAACCGGACCAUGGAAGCUGGGAUGGCCGAUGGUCCAUGCCUGGACGGACGCAGUGGGAACUCUUCGAGAAGCUUGGUCUUGACUGGCCGAGAGGAAGUUCGGCCGAGCAUUCGGUUGAAGCCGCGACUGCCCGGAAGGAGAUGGUUUGGAGCAAGAUGGAUGCUUCACAACGGAAGCUCUGGGAGGCGGCAGCUGUAAAAGGCUGGCGUGCAUAUACCGACAACCAAGCCGUGCAGGUGCUGUCUGAACAAGAGACUCAGCGAGUUAAACGAGACCUGGCGCGCAAAGGCGAGCUCGACAAGAUCCUCAAACCACGCUGGGUGAUGACGGACAAGGCAGAAGGACUUCGAACCGCGACUAAUCCGUUGCCUCCGGAGCCCAGCGCGCGACUUGUCGUUCCAGGAUUCAAGGAUAGAGCCAAUCUGUCCGGCGAGCUGCGCCGCGACGCACCAACAGGCUCGCGGCUGGCCCAGCACUUUCUGCUCAGCUUGUUGGCCUGGCACAGCUCUACGUGGUCUCUUUACAGUGCAGACAUCAAAUCGGCGUUCCUCAAAGGAGAUCCAUACUUGGACCGCGACCUCUUUCUCUCGAACACAGAUGAGAGAGCUGGGCCGCCUAUUCCAGGGCUGCCUCAAGGACGGUUGGCUCGAGUUCUGAAAGGAAUUUUCGGCCUAGCUGACGCUCCAAGGCGCUGGUGGCAGAGACUCAGCCGGUCUAUGGAAACUCGGAAGUGGACACGCUCUGCCAUUGACCAAGCGACCUGGAUGCUGCGCGACGCCAACAACAACAUCAUUGGCAUCGUUGUGGCCCAUGUUGAUGAUCUCUUGUUUGCUGGGGGUCCCGAGGCCGAACAAUCGCUGCGCAGUGUCGGAGAGGAGCUCGGCUUCCGCGAGCUCACCAAGGACAAGUUCACGUGGUGUGGCAAGCAGUUCGAGAAGCGCGGCGACGGCUGCGUGUACCUGUCCAUGAGGGCCUAUCAUGACAACUUGAAGCCCAUUCCGGUGAGCAGCCAUCGCAAGGGCGACCUUUCGGCCCCUUUGACUUCCUUUGAGGCAAGGCAACUUCGAGCUCUACUUGGGAGCUACCAAUGGCUGGUGACACAGCUGAGGUUCGACAUGGCCUUUGUGGUGUCCUCGUUGCAGGGUGAGACUCCUACGGUAGGCACCUUGAUGAGGGCCAACGCGGCGCUAACUGAGUUCCAGAAGCACCGCGACUUUGAGCUGCGGUUCCAGCCGGUGAACCCGUACGCCGGCGGCCUCAUGGUGGUGACCGACUCCGCCCUCGGCAACGUGAUGGCAUCCGGAUCGGCCACAGGUGCUCCCUUGGAGAAGGUCUUUUCACAGGCCUGCUACUUUGUACUCUUAGCAGACGAAGACUUGAUGCAGGGCCGCCAAGGUCGCUUCAACAUUGUGGAUGCUCGAAGCCAUCGGCUAGCCAGAGUUUGCCGAUCCAGCUACGCGGCCGAGACGUUGGGAGCCGAAGAAGGAUUUGACGUGGGACAGUUGUGCCGGGGAUUCUUGGCGACUGUCCGGGGCGACUCCCUUCACAAGCAGUCCGUCGACCAGUCGUUGAACGCGGUUCCUCUUACAGUGGUCGUGGACGCCAAGGACGUCUUUGACAAGGCUUCGUCAGACACGUCGUCGUUCGGGUCCCAGAAGAGCCUCGCCUUCACCAUUGCUUGGCUCAGGCAGAUCCUUCGGCGUCCCAACACGUCCAUUCGUUGGACGAGUACGGAAAACAUGUGGGCCGAUGCUGGGACAAAAGAAAUGGAUCUCACGCACAUGCGGAAGAUCAUCCGCACUGGCAGCUGGUCAGUUACCUACAGCCCUGUUUUUGUGAAGCAGGUGUCGAAAGCGAAGAAGCGACCGGCCCAAGCCUCUGCUCCUGAGGACUCUUUGCCUGGGAAGCCUGUUCACGGUACAGAUCCGAUACUCGGACACCUCAUGGCCCUGUGUGAAGAACGGGGCUGGCAUAGUGUAGGUGGCAUGGGUGUGAAUGCCUUCAGCCAUCACUUUGUGCUGCGGUGGAUGGAAAAGCAAGUCGGUGCGUUGCUGCCUUUUCUGGUUGCAGCGGCUACUGCUUUGUCACCGGGUGAAGCGCAUGGCUAUGGGGAAAGCGAUGUGCAGCGAUGUUUGUGGUUCGACUUCACAUGCCCUGGUGUAACUUACUUCACGCGUUCCCGCGUGACCAUGCGGUUUCGCGACUUCACGCCGUGGAUGGCCAAAGCUUUUGAGGCCCUUCCGCCGUUGGUGAUCGUACAGCGUCAACAUCGUUUGCGCGAGGCGCGAAGAACACAGCGCCAGUCGAAGUCAAAGUUCCUGAAAUUCCUCUGCGAGAAAUACGGGUCAUGCGCCCGUGCGUGGAGGAGAGGAAUCGAUCCCGAUGGCCAUUUCUUCGCAGACAAGCUGAUUCUUCGGCACUUCUGUCGGCAGCACGAACUUGACUAUCAAGUUCACAUGCCUUCGUUGUGGACUACACUGGAUUCUGACAGCGACGGGAAGAUCAGCCUGCAAGACAUCUCACCGCUCGGUGCAGUGGCUUUGGCUUCCUUUAGGGCUUGGUGCCGCAAGAAGUGUGGGUCUUGCCGCGCUGUCUGGAGUCUUCCCGAGAUGGAGAAAGCCCGUGCUUCUCCGCAACUUUCCGGCGACUCACGACUGAUUUCCGUGAAGAAGAUGCUGAUAGGUCACUUCGUGGAGUCGCUGAAGGCUUUGGGCUGGAUCUGCUCUGGGGAUCAGGCAGAAAUGCUAUCAGCUCUGGACUUUUUCAACGCAGGCUUCGUUUCACAGGCUGACUUGUACUGGCUGGAUACUUGGGAGCCUCCUUUGUUUCUCAUAUCGGAGCCCUCCGAAGAGGCAUGGAACGAGGUGAAGCAUAUCCUUCUGGAUCGAUACGGAAGCCCCCUACAUGCCUGGCGCGAGCUUGAUCUUGAUGGCCAGAACGAGGUCUCUUGGACGGAGUUCGUCGCAGGCUGCAGGAGAGUCAGAUUCAAAGGCGACGUUGGGGCAGCAUGGAGAUUCAUAGACAACGAUGCUUCUGGAUACAUCAGCAUGGAAGAGUUCAGCCCGGACAUUUACAAUGUGCUUAUGUCAUUUAAGCAAUGGGCCUCAAGACUGUAUGGAUCGGUCGGGAAUGCCUUCAAGAACUUCGACAAAGAAGGCAACGGCACCUUGACCUUGCAUAUUUUGAGGCGCUGCUGCCAGAAAGGGAAAUGGAGUGGAGACGCACAGGAGCUCUUCCAGUGCGUUGGGCCGACAAGUUCUCGACAGGAUCCGAGCAAAAAGCUGAUCACGGUGGAAGAUGUUGCUUUUUUGGACUUGUGGCCUGACCGGGAGAAGGACGACAAGGUGGAAGAUGAGGAGUCUCCAUCCUGCAGAUCUCCAUCCCCGAAGAGCGAUGCCCACCCUCGACUCUUCAAGAAGCCAGCGCCGCAAGCGCCGACAAGUACUGCCCGUUCGACUCCCAAGCUAGCCCGGUGCCGAGCUACAGAGUCAGCUUUUCGGGUUUUUCUCUGGUUUUACUUGCCGGCCACCUAUCUUGUCCAUGGAUUUUAUCGCGCGUAG